AGAGUUCCAUUAUAAAUAAAACUUUUUUAUAGAAAAUUAUUUCAUUUUUCAGUUCUAGCAUUAAAGGGAGUAGACUAUGAGUACAAGGCUGUCAAUCUUGUUAAAGAUGGAGGACAACAGCAUUCAGAAGAAUUCAAAGCUCUUAACCCUAUGGAACAAGUGCCAGCAUUUGUCAUUGGGGAAACAGCUCUCACACAAUCACUUGCUAUCAUAGACUAUUUAGAAGAUGUUUAUCCAAAGCCAGCUAUUGUACCAGAAGAUCCUAUAAAGAAAGCCCAGGCUAGAGCCCUUGCUGAACUUAUAGCAGCUGGAACCCAGCCGAUACAGAACCUUGGAGUGUUGCAGAAAGUCUCUGAUAAACCUGAAGAAAGGGCAGAAUGGGCCCGAUUUUGGAUUGACAAGGGAUUUGCAGCAUAUGAGAAAAUGGUUCAGAGUACUGCUGGCAAGUAUUCUGUAGGUGAUGACAUCACAAUAGCUGACGUUUGUUUAGUACCUCAACUCUACAACGCUCAAAGAUUUAAAGUAGACAUGACAAAGUUUCCAACUAUCACACGAAUUAUUGAUGCUUUGUCAGAAUUACCAGCAUUUAAGGCAGCAGAUCCAGGUGUUCAGCCAGAUUGUCCCGAGGAGUUGCGAAAACAGUGAGAGUAUUCAAGGGAGAUCAUCCAACACAGCUUCUUGGGGUUUAUUUAAUUAGAAUAUCAAGAUCCCCUGGGUGAUUUUUUGUACAUGUAACUUUUAUACAUUUUAUGUUUUCUACAGGAGAUAAUAGGCAUAAUACGAAAAUGAUCACAACACGUUAUAUGUUUACAAAUUAAAAUAUAUAUUAACCUGUAUCAUUACACUAUAUCUAAUAAAGGGUAAUAAUUAUGCAGACAAAAGUGCUAUUUGUGUAUUGUUUUACAUUGUUUAUUCCUUUACUUUUAAUACAGAGAAAUUGUUUAUUGUAAAAGAGCAAAAAAAUGCUUGAAACAUUUUAUGUACUUAUAAAGUUAAAGUGCAUCUUCUGAAAUUUACAUUUGGGUAUGUGUGUGUGUGUGUUUUUUCCUUAUACAUGUAUUCAUAACUGAGAGUUUUCAGAACUUAUUUUUAUAUCCACUUAAGUUUCAUGUGAGAUGGUCCAAACUCAUUUCAUAAUUAUUGCCAAAUGUAUUGCCAUUAUUUUAUAUUAGAAAGUCCAUUCAUACAUGUAUUUUUUUCUAUACAAACAUGAUAACUAAAUAUAAAACUGUUAAAUUUUAUAUACAUGUACAAGUACUAUUCUGGUAUUACUAUGCAAUUGUUAUGCCAUUUGUUUUUAUAAGGUCAAAAAUGAGAGAGAAAAGUUGAGACUUUGGUUUAGAAGAGGUUUGAUGGAAGAUUUUUUUUUAAUUGUUGGACAUGUUUACAUAUUGUAUAUAUUUUUUUAUCACCUGAUAUGUUGUUGAAGAUAAUAGUUUACCUAUCUAUUCAUAAACAUGUUAUUGGUUUAUAUGUUAAAGGUUUAUCUAAGUACUGCCAUAAGUCAGUGUACUUAAAGAACUUAUUUGGAGUGUUGCAUUUAGAGGUGCAAUAAUAUAUUCUGAUGCAUUGGUACAUGACCAACAUAAUUUUAUGUAGAUAUUUUCUUAAAUAUUUGAUCAAAAUGUACAAUUGUUUGUUUUGACUGGAUGAAAUGGAAGAAUGCAAAGAAACCACACAUCAACACUGGAUAAAUGUGAACAAAAUUUUAAUAGGGAUCUACUGGUUUCAAACCUAUUCACGAGAAUAUAUUUCAAAGCAAUAUAGAAACAUCUUGUCUUACUGUUUGGUAAAGAAUAGAGAAGGCUUUUUUAACCUUUCAAAUAUAUUUAAAAUAUAAAGUGUUUUGAUUUUAACGUCUUGAAAUAAAAAUGAAUAUAAUUUUAGUUUUAUAUUGAUUUUCAAAACAAAUGCGGCAAUAUGCAAUACACAUCUAGCUGUUUCAGUCAUCGUAAAUAUCUGACAAAAAUUGUGAAUGCAAAUGUUAAAAAUUGAUAGUGUUACAAGAUGAAAUACUAUAUGAGAAAGUUGGUAUAGUUGGUGAUUCAAUAUUUUUUAGAUCAUACAUGUUUAAGAAUAAUGUACAAAUGUAAUAAGAUUCUUGGAAUAAAAUAUUCAGAUGGA